AUGGAUUUCCUCAGCGCUUGUGUCCUGUGCGCCGCUCUCUUCGGUCUCGCCGAGGCUUUUACGCAUCAGGAUAUGAAGGACGCGCUGCUGCAGAAACUCGGCUUGGAUGAAGUCCCUAAGAUCCAUAAGAGGGAUCUGGAGAAUCUGGUUAUUCCGGCGCAUAUCAGAAACAAGUAUUUGUCCAUGCUGAAGAUGCACCACAGCAGGAGACGCAGAUCUCUUCCCAGCCUGGCGGGCAUCCUCAGGGGAAUCCCUGGUAAUGCAGAUAUUUCUGGGGAGUAUGUGUAUUCUGACACCACUCGGAAUCGUAUGGUGUUCGACAUGGAGGCGAGGAUCCCGGACAACAGCGAGGUGACCAUGGCGGAGCUGAAGCUCUACCAGCGGGCCUCCUACCACAAACGCUUCGCGGUGGAGAGGAAGAACCACCGGCCCGUCAACAACGCCCGGGUCAGCAUCUACUGGGUGGAGGUGCUGCCAAACGGAUCCAACCGCACAUCGCUGGUAGAUUCACGGUUGAUCCCCAUUCACGAGACCGGCUGGAAGAGCUUUGAUGUGACCCAGGCGGUGCACUAUUGGUCCAAGACCCAGCAGAAGACACCUAUGCACCUGGAGGUGUGGAUCGAGGGCGAGAGACCUGGCAGCUACGCGGCAGAGAUGGCCAAGAGUGUGCGCUUUACCACCCAGGAGCAGACGGACAACACCUUGGGAAAACCCGAGCUCAUCCUCUACACACUCAGCCUUGAAGAAUACGGUUCUCGUGGCGACUGCGACGUCAACCAAAACAAAGACACCUGCUGCAGGGAGCAGUACUUCAUCAACUUCCGUGCCCUCACCUGGACGCAGUACUGGAUCAUCGAGCCAGCAGGCUACCAGGCCUUCAGGUGCACCGGAGGCUGCAAGCAGCCCAAGCGAAACUACGGCUACGGAGAAAGACGAUGCUCGGUGUCUGAGAGCGCCCCGUUACCCAUCAUGUACCUGGUGAAGAAGGGGGACUACACCGAGAUAGAAGUUGCUGAAUUCCCCAAUAUGAUCGUAGAGAGGUGUGCCUGCACGAUGGACAAUGUGUCCAUAGUAUGA